AUCGGCGCACGCCUCUCCGCGAGCACACCUGCGCUGUGCAUGCCAUCCCUGCGCGAGAUCACCCUCGAGUACCAUACCCAGGAUAUCCUCGAUGGCCUCGAUCUUCCCGCACUUCAAAAUCUGACGUUCAAGUACGUCGACGUAAUCAACGACGGGGACCCCUUUCGCAGUCUCUACAGCCUUAUCUUGCGGUCCAAGCCACCGUUGCGCGUCCUUGAAUCAGAUAGCAACGUCGUCCACACCGACUUCUUCCUAUCCUCACUCGCAAAGCUUGAUCACUUGGAAAGCCUGGUCAUCAUCGAGCCCUUUAGAGAAGGCCGUGGUGUCUACCUCUCGACCGACAUGGUCAUGAGUCGUUUGACCUCCCCGGCGAUCGCCCCGCAGCUGAAGCGACUGGAGUUCAGGUUUCCAUCCAACCAUGAUGCCUAUCCCAGAGGCCUUCUCCCAUCCUUGCGCGCUCUGCAGCAAUCGAGAAAGGGCUGCCACAUCCGCUUGUGCCGUGACACCGAAGAUGGAGUUGUCGAGGUCGGAAGCUAGACAGAGACAUUGAGGUGGCGUAGCCAACAGUAAACCGCUAGACUCCUAGUCGUGUGAUGUAUUAUCCAUAUCUUCUUUUUCCAAGCUUUGCGCUCUGGCAGCGCCGAUGCUGUCUUGCAGGACCUUUGAAGCUGCACCGCUGUAUGUGUCCAUGGCUUCAAACUGCUCGACAAGUGUAUCCCAGCGCCAUGCAGUCCGUGGCCAACUUCAUGAGUUUAUUCUAGAAUAUUCUUUGGCAUUCUCUC